AUGGGCUCGUUACGCGACGAUGACAUCGAGCUGGACUCCGAAAAGCAAUUUGCCCUGAAUCCCAGAGAACGAGCACGCAUUCUGCGCAAGAUCGAUUGGCACCUGUUACCUUUCGUGACGAUAUUUUUUUUGUUGUCGUUCUUAGACCGGGCCAAUAUUGGAAACGCGACGAUCGCUGGAAUGACCACAAGCCUGAAAUUGACUGGCUUCAAGUACAACAUCGCUGCAGCUGUCUUUUUUAUCCCGUACAGCUUUGCUGAGGUCCCCUCGAACAUUGUGCUCAAGCUAUGCAGACCAUCACGCUGGUUACCAUCUAUCAUGGUCGCGUGGGGUGUUGUGAUGACCCUUAUGUGUCUCGUCAAUUCGUACCAAUCUCUCGUCAUAGCUCGAGUGUUCCUCGGUUUGACAGAAGCAGGAUUAUAUCCAGGAGUGAAUUACUACAUCUGCCUUUGGUAUCCACGUUCGGAGCGGUCCAAACGCAUUGCCAUAUUCUUCUCCGCAGCAUCAGUCGCAGGUAUGCAGUAUUUUAAUAUGUAUGGUAUUGAGCGGAUGGAUGGGAUCGGAGGAUUGUAUGGUUGGCAAUGGAUUUUCUGCUUGGAAGGCAUUGCCACUGUUCUCGUUGCGACUUUCUCUUUUUUCUAUAUGCAUGAUUAUCCUGAAACGGCCAAAUUUUUGACCGAGCCAGAGAGAUUAUACAUCAUAGAUAUGCUCAAAAAGGAUUCGAGUCAUCUUUCCUCUCGCUUCGACACUCGAUUCAUCUGGCAAGCCACAAAAGAUUACAAGACCUACGUCCAAAUGCUCAUUUAUUUGGGGUUACUCGUCCCUGGUUAUGCCAUCGCCCUCUUUUCGCCAACCAUCAUUAACGAGCUUGGGUACUCUGCUGCUAACGCCCAGCUACUCUCAGUCCCACCAUUUGUUGCCGGCGCUAUUGCAACAGUCAUAUUUGGCAUCUAUUCUGACAAGUACAAUCUUCGUGGGCCGUUCAUCAUUGGCGGUGCGCUUGUGUCCCUUGUUGGAUACAUCUUGCUGUAUUGCAGCGUACAAGCGGGCCCGUCGUACGUUGGAGCUUGUCUGGCCGCUGCGGGAAAUUUUCCGACCGUCCCAGUCAUUCUUGCUUGGGCAGGUUCGAAUGCAGGAGGCGACUUAAAGCGUGGAGUUGUACUAGCAAUGGUCAUUGGUAUUAGUAACCUUGGAGGUGUUUGCUCCUCCUUUAUUUAUAUCGAUCCGCCACGUUUCCACAUUGGGCAUGGCACCAACAUGGGAUUCAUCUCUCUUUCAAUCAUAAUGAGCCUCUUCGCUAUGUGGAACUAUAAUCGGCUGAAUAGAAAGAAAGAAGCGCAGUGUCUGGCAGAAAACAUUACCAACGACAGAGGAUACGAAUUCCAGGACAUGGCCGAUGCCAGUCCGCUUUUCAGGUAA